UAGCCGUUCAAUGGGUUCGCUUUGUUUUCUUUUAGGAGUUGAAACAAAAUGUCAGUCAGUGUGCACGAGAACCGCAAGUCUAGAGCCAGCAGUGGCUCCAUCAACAUUUACCUGUUUCAUAAGUCCUCCUAUGCCGACAGUGUCCUCACGCACCUGAACCUACUGCGUCAACAACGGCUCUUCACAGACGUCCUUCUCCAUGCCGGAAACAGGACCUUCCCCUGCCACCGGGCAGUGCUGGCUGCAUGCAGCCGCUACUUUGAAGCCAUGUUCAGUGGUGGCCUGAAAGAGAGCCAGGACAGUGAAGUUAACUUCGACAAUUCCAUCCACCCGGAAGUCUUAGAGCUGCUUCUCGACUAUGCGUAUUCCUCCCGGGUCAUCAUCAAUGAAGAAAAUGCUGAGUCGCUCCUGGAAGCCGGUGACAUGCUGGAGUUUCAGGACAUCCGAGACGCGUGCGCAGAGUUCCUCGAGAAGAACCUGCAUCCCACCAACUGCCUGGGUAUGCUGCUGCUGUCUGAUGCCCACCAGUGUACCAAGCUGUAUGAACUCUCCUGGAGAAUGUGUCUCAGCAACUUCCAGACCAUCAGGAAGAACGAAGAUUUCCUCCAGUUGCCCCAGGACAUGGUUGUGCAGCUCCUGUCCAGUGAAGAACUGGAGACGGAAGACGAAAGACUUGUGUAUGAGUCGGCAAUGAACUGGAUUAGCUACGACCUGAAGAAGCGCUACUGUUACCUCCCGGAACUGCUGCAGACCGUGAGGCUGGCCCUCCUUCCCGCCAUCUAUCUCAUGGAGAAUGUGGCAAUGGAAGAGCUCAUCACCAAGCAGAGAAAGAGCAAGGAGAUCGUGGAAGAGGCAAUCCGAUGCAAACUGAAAAUCUUGCAGAACGAUGGUGUGGUUACCAGCCUCUGCGCCCGGCCUCGAAAAACCGGCCACGCCCUCUUCCUUCUGGGAGGGCAGACUUUCAUGUGUGACAAACUGUACUUGGUAGACCAGAAGGCGAAAGAAAUCAUUCCCAAGGCUGACAUUCCCAGCCCGAGGAAAGAGUUCAGUGCGUGUGCAAUUGGCUGCAAAGUAUACAUUACUGGGGGGCGAGGAUCGGAAAACGGCGUCUCGAAAGAUGUCUGGGUUUAUGACACCCUGCAUGAGGAGUGGUCCAAGGCUGCCCCCAUGCUAGUGGCCAGGUUUGGCCAUGGGUCAGCUGAACUUAAGCACUGCCUGUAUGUGGUUGGUGGGCACACAGCUGCUACUGGCUGCCUCCCAGCCUCCCCCUCAGUCUCUCUAAAGCAAGUAGAACACUAUGACCCCACAACCAACAAAUGGACCAUGGUCGCGCCACUUCGAGAAGGCGUCAGCAACGCUGCUGUCGUGAGUGCCAAACUCAAGCUCUUUGCUUUCGGAGGCACCAGCGUGAGCCACGACAAGCUUCCCAAGGUUCAGUGUUACGAUCAAUGUGAGAACAGGUGGACGGUGCCAGCCACCUGUCCCCAGCCCUGGCGUUACACGGCUGCAGCUGUGCUGGGGAACCAGAUUUUUAUUAUGGGUGGAGAUACAGAGUUCUCUGCCUGCUCUGCUUACAAAUUCAAUAGCGAGACUUACCAGUGGACCAAGGUGGGAGAUGUGACAGCCAAGCGCAUGAGCUGCCAUGCCGUGGCCUCCGGAAACAAGCUUUAUGUAGUCGGAGGCUAUUUCGGCAUUCAACGCUGCAAGACUUUGGACUGUUAUGACCCUACUUUAGAUGUGUGGAACAGCAUCACCACAGUCCCGUACUCACUGAUCCCUACUGCGUUCGUCAGCACCUGGAAGCACCUGCCUUCCUAACAAAGAGCAUCCUAAAGAAAGCACGCAUGAGCUCCCUCUGACGCAUGGUGAAAUGAUAGGUUUCUGCUUUGGAGAAGGCAAGUUUAAUGAAGAGAAAGAAAAACAGGAGAAGUUGCUCCAAGACUCCUCGAACACCAUCGACUGCACCUUGUGAACACUCCGAAGUGGACAUGAAGGAAAGGGGUGGGGGAGGGGUGGGUUUUUUUUUUUUCCCCCUUCCCAAUGCAAGUAGCACAUGGUUUAAAUAUGAAUGACUGAACCUGUGAUCUAGUCCUUGUCUGGUAAUUGUGGAUUAAUGUCAGCGUUAAUCAGCCCCUCAAAGGGAGAGAAAAGCUGGGCUUUUCCCUCGCUGUACCUCAUUCAGCGUUUGAUUUCCACGGCUCCACCAUUUAUGCGCAAGAUUUGAAAUGGUUGUCAGCUUCCUCUGAAGACUGAGCUUGAAGCCUCCGGGCCAGCUGUUGCUGGAGCCGCAAAGGCAAAGGAGGGUCAGGAGGGAAGCUGGCCUAUCUGACUUAAGAAUGGGAACCCCAGGACUCUCUGCACUCAUCUCGAAGGGGUUGUGGUGCCCCCAGGGACGUCUCUUGAACAAUGGGGACAUUGUUGGUAGCUCUUUGGGUAGAUGCCCUUUUGCUAUUUAUAAGUGACUUUAAACCUUCUCUUGGCUGUUAAGAAAUGUGUUCUAGACCCUAACUAUUUAUUGUUUGCGGCCUGCAUGCUGAAACAGUGCUUGCGUUGUCUCCACAUGGACCGGCGUAUGUGGAGGGUCGUAUGUUUUGCACAGUUUGUAGUUGUUGAUGUGCUUUGCUGCACACACACACACA